AUGGCUGGUCUUGUGGACACGCGCCUGCUGGGACGACCGAACAAGUACUCAGGCAACCGCGACGAGUUCCCGACCUUCAGAUACCAGCUGAUCAGCUACUUGGGUGCCAUCGACCCGAGAUUGGCACAAGCAGUCGCGACAGCAGCUACCCACGGCAAUGUCAUUACGCUUUCAGAGAUGGGCGACGAUAACAAGCAGCUUGCAGCGACGAUGGGAUACAUUCUAUCACAAUUGCUUGGAGGCAGCGCGCUAACCUUGGCGAUGAACUGUGAGCCAGGUAACGGCCUGGAGCAGUGGCGACGUCUUUGUCUACGCGAGGAUGCGGCUACUGGCUCCAACAAGGUGACGCAGCUGCAGCUUCUUGUGAACACAGAGUUUUCAGGCAAGUGGGAGACCUACGUCGAGGAGCUCACGAAGUUUCUACUGGACAUCAACCGAUAUCAAGAGAAGUUUUCAGAUAUGAUCUCAGACACCCCUGUCCAAGCCUUGAUCAAGAAGAACACGCCCGAGCCGCUGAAGACCCAGGUGAUGAUGCAGACCUUCACGAAUCAACAGAUCCUACGGGAGACUUGCGAGGCCUUCGCUCAGCAGAUGAUGCAGCGCGACCCGAAGGCGACCAAGAAGAAGUUCGACCCGAACGCCAUGGACGUGGACGCUUUCGACAAGGGCGGCAAGGGCGAUUCCAAGGGCAAGGGCUUCGGCGGCAAGUCGGACCAGAAGGGCAGCGGCGGCAAGUCGAGCAGUCAAAGAAGUGCUUGGCAGAGUUCGGGCGGCAAAGGUGGCAAGGGCGACGGCAAGAACAAGAUGAAGAGCAAGAAGGGCGAGACGAAGCUCUUCGACGGAUGGUGUUCGAAUCCCCACUGCGGCAAGUGCGGGCACAAGAUCGCGGACUGCAGGAAGUACGGUGGCGGCGCUUAUCAGCCUGGAGGAGGUCAGCGAUCCGUUUCUGAGGCUAUGACGGAGAAGUGCAAGCUCACGGACGAGCCAGGUCAGUCUCUGCGAUCCAUUACUGGUGAGGGUAUUCGGACUUUGGAUAAGCGGACGUUGACGGGUGAGGUCUUCGAUUCGAACACGUCGAUCCCUGCAAAGCUAGACGUCACGCCAGCUGAAGUUCAUAGAGGUGCCCUUUCAGUUGCAGAGAUGAAUGAUGCAGGUUAUUCGGUACACUUUGAUCCUGACGGAGCCAAGAUGUUCAAAAGCAACAAGAAUGUGCAGCACGAGAUAGAUAAAGCGAUCGAGUCGACAGUGACUUUGCAGUUACGACGGAAGGUGAAUGCGUUUCUUCUUCCCAUGAGGUUCAAGGACCCGACAGGCUACGAGUCCAUCAUCGGCGAUGUCGAGGACCACUCUGAGAAGGACGACGCGCAGAUGAAGGAGGAGCCUUUCGAGACGCAGCCUGUGGAGGUGCAGGCUGACAGUGGAGCGGACAGAAGGACAGGCUACCUCAUGGGAGUUGUCGUGGAAGCUAAAGGCAAUCAGAGCUACGCUAUAGCGGCCAUCAGCGAGUACCUGGACGAGCUUGGCUACAUGAGCAUGGAAGUUCAGUUAGAUGGAGAACCAGCACUGGAGGCACUCAUGAAUGGAGUGGUUUCGGAGCGUAUCAAGAAGCUCGGCAAAGAGGCAGCUGGAGCUCAACUUCGAGUACGGCUAGUUCCAAAAGGAAGUCACGCUUCUCAAGGUGGAGUUGAAAGUGGAGUCAAGUCGGUUGUAGGUCUUGCGAGGACUGGGCGUUUGGCUCUGGAGAAGCGUUACAACAUGAAGUUCACUGAGGAUGUUCCUAUCAUACCUUGGAUGAUUCGGCAUCAUAUAUUCUGCCACAACAGGUACCAGCGGAGGAGGAGCAGCGGUCGCACAUCUUUCGAGGAGCUCAGGUUGGCGCCGUACACUUCACCCAUGCUGGAGUUCGGGGAAACAGUGAUCGGCAAGGAGCACACGGAGCUGCAGGACAAGCUGGGCACGGCCUGGUGCAAGGGACUGUGGCUCGGACGCAGUUCGAAGAGUGAUGCUCAUCUCAUCGGCACGGCGACGGGGGUAGUUCAGGCCAGGACAGUGAAGCAGCUGACGACGGAGGAGAGCUUCGACAUGGAGAUGCUCAAAGCCAUGCGUUGGACGCCUUGGAGGACCCCGGUUAAAGCUGGAGUCUACGAGGGCGAGAAUUGGCAGCCGACGGAGGGAUGCCCUGGGUGUGAGUAUGCAGCUAAAGGUCAGCACGGACGAGGACGGCCACCACACCACAGCAGGACAUGCCAGCAGCGUCGGGCCGAGUACGAGAAGUCAAUCGCCAGCAAGGGCGACGAGCAGCCGAAGGUGGUCGCGGUUCCCGUACCUGCGGCCAGCUCGGAGGCUAACAACGGCGAGCAGCAAGCACAGAUACCAGCAGGGCCAGAGCCAGCGCAAGGUCAAGAUCCAGUUGAAGCAGUUCGUCGGGAGGUGCAGAAGAUCGAGAAGAGGCUUCGUGGCAAGCAGGGAGUACCAGCUCCAGGGUCAUCCGCUAAGCGAGGAGCUGCUGACGCUGACCUCGGUGAAGGCGGCCCUGGAGGCCCACCUGGAAAUCGAGGCCUGGUGGGGGCCAUCGAGAGCUUGAGUGCUGGCGACCUCAAGAGGCUCGUGGCGGGCUUCAGCACGGAGGAGAUGAUGAGGCUCGUGGGCGAGGUCGGCAAGGAGCUGAAGGACGACAGCGAGUUCAGCAUCGCGAUGGGCUGGACCGAGGACGACGAGUGGGAGGCGAAGCAGUGCGAGCUAGAUCGGUUCGACAACUACGACGUGUGGGAGCUCACGUUGAGGGGCCCUCACGGGCCUAAGGCACUUACGUGGACUUGGGUUUUGGAGAUGAGGAGUGGUGAGCUCAAGGCGAGGCUUUGUGCGCGACCAUUCGGCAUGCAGGUCAACAAGAGCAAGGAUGAGCUGCGCUGCCCUACUCCACUUUCGUUCUCACUCAAGCUGCUCAUGGUCUACGCUAUCUUGGUGGACGCAGAGGUUCCGAAGGAGUACUGCCAUCUUCCCGAUAGUUCGGAUUGGGUUUUCAAGCUCAAUAAGACCGUCUACGGACUUAACGAGGCGAUGAUCGAUUUCGACGACCACUUUGAGAACAUCGCUACAGGACGGAGCGAUGAAUCUAAGAUGACUUUCAAGAGGUUUCUUUCUGACCCGUGUACGUUUGCAGACAAGGCUAAUCAAGUUGCUAUGUCCAAGCAUGUUGACGAUGGCACGCUGGUGGGACCCAGAGUUUCAGCCAGCAAAGCGUUGGAGGAGCUCGGCACACAUUUUCUACUCAAGGUUUCCGAGCUCACAGUUGGUGGUCCUGAGAUCAAGCACCUUGGGCGUGGCUGGCUCCGCACCCCCGAAGGUAUUCAAGUUCGCAUGUGGCCUGCUAUUGUCAAGAAGCUACUCGACUCUGAGCCCAAUGAUAAGAAGACGAGCCCAAUACCAGGAAUCAAGAACGAGAAGAAGGUCGAGAGCGAGGAGGAGUUGGAUUCCAAAGCGGCCACCAAGUUCAGGAGCGUCAACGGCCUCGACAUGUUCGCGUGCUUGGAGAGGCCCGAGUGUCAGUCCGCAGCGAAGGAGUGUUCGAGGGGGAUGUCACGACCGACGGUGCAGGACCAGACGAGGCUCACGCGCAUCAUCAGGUUCAUUCGAGCUCACCCAUCUUCGGUCACGUGCAUGUAUCCAGACAGCGGCGAGUUCAAGGUUAUCGGACGUGCAGACUCUAAAUGGGCAGAGGAUCCUAUCGGGAGGAAGUCUACAAGUUGUGGUCAGUUGUUUCUCAAUGGAGCUUUGAUCAUGCAGUUCGUCAAGACUCAGGGGGCUCCAGUACUCUCAUCACCCGAAGCUGAAUUUAACGCACUCGUACAUGUCGGGAUUGAGGCGAGAGGAGCACAGACUUAUCUCAAGGAGCUCUUGGACGAGACUGUACCAGUGACGCUGGAGAGUGACAACUCCAGCGCUCUCACGAACGUCGAGAAAAAGGGAGUUGGCAGGAUGAGGCACAUCGAGUUGAAGGAUCUGUGGAUCAAGGACCUAGUCGCGCGCAAGGCUGAGACGAAGGUCAGCACGAGCAAAGUUCACACCGACGAGAACACCGCAGAUCUUGGGACGAAACAUCUCUCGAGGGUCGAUUUCAUGAAGCACCUAACGGCGAUGAAGGUUUGGCUCACUGGGAAAGGUGAAGUUGGUGGAAUUUCGGGUUCGAGCAACGAGAAGAAGGCCCAGAUCGGUAAGCCUGCGCUGGAGCUGAUGGGAGCACUAACUCAAUGCUUGGUGGGUCUUGGUACGUUUCUUCAGUUUGGACGUGCGGACGCUACUGAGUUGGUGGAGAAGGAGUUUCAGCUAGUCGAGAUCAUGAGCCCGAAAUACAACGUGAGCCAUUUUGGCAGUCACGUAAUGAUCAUGAUGAUGUUCACCCUUUUGAGCGUUAUCUUGGCAAGUGCAGUCUUCAAAGUCAAGCAGCACAUCUUAAAGCCAGCACAGCGGGAUGCCUCAACUCAGUACAGCCUGAAGGACGCGAUGGAGAUCAGCAACACCGACAGAUUCGUCGGACAGCAUCUUCGGGCCACAUUCACAGCUAUGACGAUUGAUAGUGGACGUGAUCAUUUACGGUUUCGACGGGUGGAUCGGUCAUUCUCAACCUACACUAAAGCAAUGGUGGUCGAAACUUGCACGAUGACGGUCAUUAACGAGAUCAAGCAGGACAGAAUCUACAGCAUGAAUGGGUUUGUUGAGAGUUUGUAUCCACACGCGCUUGAUGUUGUUCGUCAAUGA